UAUUAAUUCGCUUUACCAAUCUCUUAAAAGUUCCAACAGAGCCUCAAAGCCAGCCAGGUAGGUGUAGUCAAAACCAUAUAUAAAGACCCCUUACCUCUGCAAAAAGAAAGCACACAAACCAAGGAGAAGCAUCUAUAAUCACUUCUGCAUAGCUCACAGCCAUGACUUUGGUACAAAGAGCUGUGGUUUUGGUCAUGGUGGUGAUGGCAGCAGUGCAGGUUUCAUAUGCAGCUGUGCACAAGGUUGGUGACUCUGCUGGCUGGACUAUCCUUGGCAAUGUUGAUUACAAGAAGUGGGCUGCUCCUAAGAACUUCCAAGUUGGUGACACUAUUAUAUUUGAAUACAAUGCCCAAUUCCACAAUGUGAUGCGAGUGACGCAUGCCAUGUACAAGACAUGCAAUGCAUCAUCCCCAAUUGCCACAUUCAGCACAGGCAAUGACUCCAUAAAGAUAACAAAUCAUGGUCACCAUUUUUUCUUCUGUGGAGUCCCUGGCCACUGUCAAGCUGGACAGAAGGUUGACAUUAAUGUGAUCAGUGUUUCUGCUGCUACAGCUGCUGCACCUACUCCUACUCCAGCUCCUUCAUCACCAUCAUCAUCACUGGCCACUCCAUCUGCCAAUGUACCUGCCCCUUCUCCUAAUAAUGCUACCCCAUUGAUUGUUCUGAAGGGACUUUUUGGUACGAUGGGUUUGGCCAUGGCAGUCCUUGCACUUUUCUCUAGCUAUGCUUAGUAAGGAAAGUGUUCUCUAAAUUUAGCUUGUGGGCCUUUUUCGCUUUCUUCUUGAAAUGAAAAGAAACACAUGUAUUGGAUAUAUGUUGCAAUGUAUAUCUUUUCUUUAAUUAGCAUGUAGUAGGACUCUAUGGUUGUGUGAAUUUAAGACAUUAGGUUGAGAUAAAUAGAAAAAUAUAUGAACUUUAAAUAAAAUUCUUUCAUUUUAUCU